GGGGAACAGUCCAGGAGGUGGACCCGGCCUCUGCCGGGGUUGGGUGCGCCUCUGAGCGGAUGGCCGAGGGAGCCCAGCAGAUUCCAGGGGACCGUGGGCCAGGUUGGAAGGCCGUGGGAUAGAACUUGAGGAUUGGCGGCAGCUCUUCGAGUAUCAUCUAUUGCCACCCACUGAUGCCAAGAUGACCAAGCUGGGAUUUUUGCGGUUGUCCUAUGAGAAGCAGGACACACUUCUGAAGCUUCUCAUUCUGUCAAUGGCUGCUGUGUUAUCAUUCUCCACUCGUCUCUUUGCUGUUCUGAGAUUUGAAAGUGUCAUCCAUGAGUUUGAUCCGUACUUCAAUUAUCGGACUACCCGCUUCCUGGCUGAGGAGGGGUUUUAUAAAUUCCAUAACUGGUUUGAUGACCGGGCCUGGUAUCCUUUGGGCCGAAUCAUUGGAGGAACAAUUUACCCAGGCUUAAUGAUCACCUCUGCUGCAAUCUACCAUGUACUCCAUUUUUUCCACAUCACCAUCGACAUUCGGAAUGUCUGUGUGUUCCUGGCCCCUCUCUUCUCUUCCUUCACCACCAUCGUCACGUACCACCUUACCAAAGAGCUCAAGGAUGCAGGGGCUGGACUUCUUGCUGCUGCCAUGAUUGCUGUAGUUCCUGGAUAUAUCUCCCGAUCUGUGGCUGGCUCCUAUGAUAAUGAAGGAAUUGCCAUCUUUUGCAUGCUACUCACCUACUACAUGUGGAUCAAAGCAGUAAAGACUGGUUCCAUCUACUGGGCAGCCAAGUGUGCCCUUGCUUAUUUCUACAUGGUCUCUUCAUGGGGAGGUUACGUAUUCUUGAUCAACUUGAUUCCUCUCCAUGUACUGGUGCUGAUGCUCACAGGACGAUUCUCCCACCGGAUCUAUGUGGCCUACUGUACCGUUUACUGUCUGGGCACCAUUCUUUCCAUGCAGAUCUCCUUCGUGGGUUUCCAGCCCGUCCUUUCAUCAGAGCACAUGGCAGCCUUUGGGGUCUUUGGUCUCUGCCAGAUCCAUGCCUUUGUAGAUUAUCUGCGCAGCAAAUUGAACCCACAGCAAUUUGAAGUUCUUUUCCGAAGUGUCAUUUCCCUGGUAGGCUUUGUCCUUCUCACCGUGGGAGCUCUCCUCAUGUUGACAGGAAAAAUAUCUCCCUGGACCGGGCGUUUCUACUCACUGCUGGAUCCUUCUUAUGCUAAGAACAACAUCCCCAUCAUUGCUUCUGUGUCUGAGCAUCAGCCUACGACUUGGUCUUCAUACUAUUUUGACCUGCAGCUUCUUGUCUUCAUGUUUCCAGUUGGUCUCUAUUACUGCUUUAGCAACCUCUCUGAUGCCCGGAUUUUCAUCAUCAUGUAUGGUGUGACCAGCAUGUACUUUUCAGCUGUAAUGGUGCGUCUAAUGCUAGUUUUGGCACCCGUUAUGUGCAUUCUUUCUGGCAUUGGAGUCUCCCAGGUGCUGUCUACGUACAUGAAGAAUCUGGAUAUAAGUCGUCCGGACAAGAAGAACAAGAAGCAACAGGAUUCUACCUACCCUAUUAAGAAUGAAGUGGCAAGUGGGAUGAUAUUGGUCAUGGCUUUCUUUCUCAUCACCUACACCUUUCAUUCAACCUGGGUGACCAGUGAGGCCUACUCUUCUCCUUCCAUUGUGCUCUCUGCUCGUGGUGGGGAUGGCAGUAGGAUCAUUUUUGAUGACUUUCGAGAAGCAUACUAUUGGCUUCGUCACAAUACUCCAGAGGAUGCGAAGGUAAUGUCAUGGUGGGAUUAUGGCUACCAGAUUACAGCUAUGGCAAAUCGGACGAUUUUAGUGGACAAUAACACGUGGAAUAAUACCCAUAUUUCUCGAGUAGGGCAGGCAAUGGCAUCCACAGAAGAAAAAGCCUAUGAGAUCAUGAGGGAGCUUGAUGUUAGCUAUGUGCUGGUCAUUUUUGGAGGCCUUACUGGAUAUUCCUCUGAUGACAUCAACAAGUUUUUGUGGAUGGUCCGGAUUGGAGGGAGCACAGACACAGGCAGACAUAUCAAGGAGCAUGAUUAUUAUACUCCAACUGGAGAAUUCCGUGUGGACCGUGAGGGUUCUCCAGUGCUACUCAACUGCCUUAUGUACAAGAUGUGUUACUAUCGCUUUGGACAGGUCUACACUGAAGCCAAGCGUCCACCAGGCUUUGACCGUGUGCGGAAUGCUGAGAUUGGGAAUAAAGACUUUGAGCUUGAUGUCCUGGAGGAAGCAUAUACCACAGAACAUUGGCUAGUCAGGAUAUACAAGGUAAAGGACCUGGAUAAUCGAGGCUUGUCAAGGACAUAAAUGAUACGUCCAGCCUGAUACGCUUCGCACUGAGUGCGUCACAUUUAGGACGCUGAAGACAUUUUUUACAUAUGCAGUUUAUAAGAGGAGAGCAUGAUGGAAUUAGAAUUGUCUGAAAGUUUUGCCCUGGGCAGUAUGGGCUGGGCCAAAUGGAAUGAUUUUUUAAAUUCUGAGGUUACCAAAUGAAAUGUCAUGGCUUUACUUUGGUCAGUUAAAGGGGGAGUUUUUUUUUUAAUGUGCCUUAUUUGUUUCGACUUAUGACUGAUUUGAGGAAGGCAAAAGUUUAUGCUGGGUUGAUAGAAGGACAGAAAGCAAACCUCAUCUAUGCUUUUAGCUCCCUAAAUGAGCUAUGUACGGGCAUUCUGUCUUUCUCAAAUCAGGAAAACUGUCAAGGACUAGCUCAGAUCCUACAUAUACAAACAAUUUUGUUAUUUCAAAACUUGCAGCACCUAGCACAAUGCCUUGCACAUAGUGGGUGCUCAAUAAACUUUUAUUGAACAAAUGUUUAUGGGACCAGAGGAGUGCCAUUUCUAAGCAGGAAAGUCAGCUAUGUUGCCAUCAUGUCUCUGUUCUCAACAUAUCUUGUCCUUAGAGGUUCUUUUACUUUAUGAGGGAGAGAAGGUGGCUAACUAGACCUGAUCUCAAUAUUCUUUGGACUCGCUAUGUGGGGUGGUUUUUUAUUUUUGUUUUUUGUUGUUGUUGUUUUUGAGCAGGAAUAAAUCAAGUGAGAUUAAAUUAGCAGUUUUGAAGAUUCAAGACAGUGAAAUUAUUAUUUUCAUUCUCAAUAGAGGAAGAAACUCCUCCAGCAUUAUGUAUAGAACUUGAUGGUCAGUAGGUGUUUUUUAAUCAGCUGAAAUGUCAUGCAUAUCUAUUUGAAAUCCAGCUUUUCAGUACUCUCAACUUAUCUAUGAUACAGCAAAUGUUUCUUUGCUCAUUUCCUUUAGCUUAUGCACUAAAACUCAUGUGGUUAUUUAAAGGUGAGCUUCUUUAUCCCUUAGUCUCAGCCUAUUUGCUAUUAUGUACCACUAAGAAUCUCAGUGAUCUGGUUUUGAAAUCCCUGCCAAAUUACAAGUUAAAAGGAACAAUUGCUAUUAACAGGUACCUAAAGAGCAGUGCUAGCCUGUGUAGUAAAGGGGAAGAGAAACUUUAAAAAACUUUAACUUGUAGUAGUCCUAUGGAUCUUUAAUGUCAGUCUUACAUUCAAUACAGUGGAACAUUAUGUAUUUUACAACAUAAGACAUAUAUAAGUGAUGUAUAAUAAAUCCUAAGUCAUUAAAAAAAUACAAGGUAACUGUUUAGUGUUACCUGUUUAAGAAACAGGAGCAAUCACGUGGCUUUUAGAUAAGUCAAAAUGGUGCUCCCAGAGGGUAUGUGCAGAUACACUUGUACACUCAGGAAACAGCCUUCCAAACCACUUUAUAUACCAAGUGCUUCAACCAUGGGUGAGAUGUAGAUCUGAUGUAAGAUUUGAUUUCUAUAUGUAAAUACAUGACUUGAUUUAUAUACAGAAUUACUCCCUAGUAGAAGAGGUUAUUCUGAGAUUUUAUUUUUAUUUUAUUUUUUACCAAAAUGAAUAAUACCAGUUAGAAAUCAUUAGUGGUCUUCCUCUGUAGUAUGUAUGGGAUAACCCUUUAACUCACCACUAUAGUUGCUGCUCUGAUGAUUUUAAUUUUGUUAUUUUCUAUAGCCAACUUUUUAAAAAUUUUUACUUUUCAUUUUGUUAUAAUGCAAUUAGUGUAAAAAAAUCAAAUUAUUCUAAAAGCAACAACAGUGUUUUCCACUCCCCCAGAGGCAUCCACUUUCAACUCUGCUGAUUCUCACAUUACUUACCUCCAUCUCAUUAAAUAACUUGCUUUA